AUGUCCAUGAUGGACAGUUGUGAGAUGAAGAAGUACAUUGGAGUGUUCAGGUUCCUGCUGAUGGACACCAGGAUGACGAUCAUGAAGUUUCCACAAAUGGUGCAACAGUUGAUACAAACUAGAAAAGAGAAGAGCAAAAUUCUUAAAUCUUGGUCAACCAAACAGCCGGAUCGGCCAAGGAUCCCAAGAUGGCCGCAGCUCCCAACAGCACUGCGUGCUGCCGCGCAUCAAGCCAAUCUGACUGUGAAGAUGAACCGGGAGAAGCUGACAAAUCUGACUGUGGUCACAGAGUUCCUCCUCUUAGGAUUUCAAGGCAGCCAAUUUUUGAGAAAUCUUCUAUUUCUUCUGUUCCUUGUGGUUUUUGUUGCCACAAUAUGUGGGAACCUCCUGAUCAUCAUCCUGGUGUCCACCACCAAGAACCUCCACACCCCAAUGUAUUUCUUCAUCUCACAACUGUCCAUCAGUGACAUCUUAUUAUCGACAAAUAUUGUCCCCAACCUGCUCCACAUCCUACUGAAUAAUGGAGGAACCGUCAGUUUUAUUGGUUGUAUGACUCAAUUUUAUUUUUUUGAUUGCACUGAAGGAUUAGAGUGUUUUCUUCUCGCUGUGAUGUCUUAUGACAGAUAUGUGGCCAUCUGUAAUCCCCUCCGUUACUCCUCAAUCAUGACGAAUAGAUUUUGUGUUACAUCAAUCAUUAUUAGUUGGUUGAUGGGUAAUGUUAUUUCAUUAAUUGCUACCAUAACUUCAUCAAAAUUAAACUUUUGUGGGUUAAAUAUCAUCGACCAUAUAUUCUGUGACCUUGUCCCCUUACUAGACCUGUCCUGUUCUGACACCUUCUUUUUUCACUUGGAGAUUUUUGUUUUGGGAGCUCCAACUGUAAUGGUCCCAACCGCAAUCAUUGUAGUGUCUUAUACUUACAUUGUGAUAUCAGUCUUAAGGAUCCCAUCCAGUACUGGUAGACAGAAAGCCUUCUCCACCUGUAGCUCCCUCCUCAUUGUGGUCUCCAUUUUUUACUGGACUUUAUUUAGUGUUUAUGUUUUCCCUAAGAGAGAACAAACUUGGGUCAGUAGUAAAAUCCUCUCUCUGCUGUACACUGUAUUUACUCCAUUUAUUAACCCCAUUAUAUACAGUCUGAGGAAUAAAGACAUUAAGAAAGCCGUACAGCAAACAUUACAUAAACACAUAUCCCGUAAUAAACAUUAA